AUGUCUACAGAGUCUAUUGAACAGUUUUCUAGAGGAUUAACAUAUAAGGAGAAAAAAAAGAAAUCAAGAUUGAGAUUUAGUAGAAAUAGAUUGUCACGGAUGUUUCUACACUUAUUUGUGUGUUGUGUUGUACCAUCUGAGCAUUUUUUGGAUAUAGAAAAACAAGGGAAUAAAAAGAAUAAGGAAGUGAAUACAUUGGAUUUAGAAUUGGAAGAAGAGAAUGACACGAAAAAUGCAUUUUUAGAAAAUCAAUUAGAUAUAUCUAAAGUUUUAACGAAUAGAAAUUCAAUCAGUAUAGAUGAAGAAAAAAUGGAUAUUUUAUUAGGGAACUAUGGAACUCGAGAGGCGGAAAUUAAUUAUUCAAUUAAAAAACCACUAUUUCUUGAUACAUCAGAUAAUGCAGAUCUAUCUCAUUCAAUAACAGAUUCACUUGGACCUAGUGUUCAUUCAAAAUGGCUUUUAGGCCCUGUUCUUGAAGCAGAUAAGGGGAAAAAGUGUCUUGUUUUAGAUUUGGACGAAACACUUGUUCAUUCUUCAUUUAAAGUUAUUCAUCAGGCAGAUUUUAUUAUCCCUGUAAAAAUCGACUCUACAUAUCACAAUGUUUAUGUCAUUAAACGUCCUGGUGUAGAUUCUUUUAUGAAGCGAAUGGGAGAACUUUUUGAAAUUGUAGUUUUCACAGCAUCUCUUUCUAAAUAUGCAGACCCUGUAUUAGAUAUGCUUGAUAUCCAUCACGUUGUUAAACAUCGAUUAUUUCGAGAAUCAUGUUUUAAUCACCAAGGGAAUUACGUUAAGAAUUUGUCACAACUUGGACGUGAGUUAAAAAAUGUUUUAAUUAUUGACAAUUCUCCUGCAAGUUAUGUAUUUCAUCCGACACAUGCAGUACCUAUUUCUAGUUGGUUUAAUGACUCACAUGAUACUGAAUUACUUGAUUUAAUACCUUUUUUAGAAGAUCUGACAACUGUACCUGAUGUAACAACAGUUCUUGACUUAGGUUUACAUGAAUCUUAAUUAUUUUUUCAAAAAAAAGAAAAUGCUG